AGCUCAUCACAUGUAUAUACUAUAUACAUUUGUACCUGCAGCUGCUCUUAAAUUUGUUCCACAUAACUUUUGUGCAAAAACAAAAAAUUUGCAAAGUUUUCGCCACCAAUAAAAUACAUAAAAUGGACAUGGAGCUGCAAUUCUUAGACCCGGAUGGUGAGUUUAAAACGCAUCAGUGCCGCGACAAGCCAAUGAGGGGCCUGGAUUUUUUGAAGAAUUUGCAUGGUCAGGCCUGGUACGGCCCUUCGGGCCGUACGGCCUGGAAACCCUUAUCCAGUCAAAUCCACCUUUGUCGCUGCACUGAAACGCAUGCACAAUUCGUGCACUGCGUCCUCCCGUACAUCGAGGAUCAGCGGUACACUUUCGGCCACUCGUAUAAAGGUUGUGAGGGGGGAGAAGAAUUCAUAUGUUUGUCUAGGAUCCGAUGGGUCGGGAAUCUGGAUGUGACCUCGGCCCGAUUUCAAAUUUCUUGUCACCAUGGCAACUACUGGAUUAGGCGGGUGUCGAGCACCCAAGAUUACGCAAUAUUCCUUAAUCAGACCGAAGUUUGUUACACUAUGAGGAUGACGCCUGGGGAUAUGUUCACCCUAGGGGAAACUUGCGUUGAGCCAUAUCCACCUCCACCCUGGUGGAAAUUUUCAUUGUGGAACGUUUUUUCAACGGAACAGAGGAACAAUUCCCCACAGAAUUAUCUGCACAAAAACGUUUUCAGGUUCCAGGCGAGAAGCAUUUCCACAACGUUCGACACCUCCUUAUUUCCCAGAAUCGAAUAUUUCCCCCCUGACACAACCGAACCUUACGGCGCCCUCGAGAACACGUUGAUACUCUCCAAAAUAUUUUCCUUCUUGGCCCUACCAACCUUAAAGAAUUGCCGUCUCGUGUCAUCCCUCUGGGAGAGUGAAGCCGUCUCCUGGAUGAAGGCACGAUCCGAAAUUCGGUUCAAGUUCUACACCUACCGCGAACCCGCCCAGAACCGGCCGAAAUUGUUUCUUUAUAGACAUGAAAUGUUGCAUUUCGCUAAUCCAAAUUGGCACGUGGACUGUCGAAUUGAAGAAGAAGAUGAGAUGUUUCGCAAAUUAAGUGAUGAUUUGGACAAGGUUCUGGAAAAUUGUCACGUGAUCCGUCGCCUGAAUUGUGAUUACCGUCCCAACAUAGAUAACGUGUUAUUGAUAAGAUUGUUGAAUCAUGUGGCCGGUUCAUUAGAGGAAUUGUCGGUUUGUUUUCAAGAUUGUCAAAAUGCGCGAAAAGAUAUUGCCGAACUUUUCGAGUUGGUAGAAUUUCCACGUCUUAAAAGGUUCGAGAUCGAUAUGGGACCCAACGGUUCGUCGCCGAUAAGACCGGCAUGCUAUAAAAAUUUGACGUGUUCGCUGAUUAAAUUGAGUAGCAAGGUGUCCACGCUGUAUGUUAAGUCAAAUAAUGCCCCGAUGAAUACCCAUUUUUUGCGGGAAAUUGUGUCGAAUAGGGAAUAUCCGAGGUUGAUGGAGGCUCUGAUUAAGAAGAUUGAUUGGGAUGGGAUGGAAGUGUUGCGGGGUUUGAAGGCGAGUUUGGUUAGGCUGGAGAUUAAUGGGUUUUCUGAAGAGUGUGAGAUUCGACAGGUGGAAGAGGUCGUGCAAAGGCAGAGAGAAUCGUUGGAGUUUUUGUAUCUCGAAGUGCCCCCGGACUGGGAGGUGGUCCCUGUGGGGGAGAUGCCUUUCUUGAAAAGGAAAGAUAUUCUGUUUGGAGAGGGUGAAUGCAGGCCCCGAAUUUGGGGGGGCAAGCGGAGCAAUUGCCCAGGGCGCCAAAAAGUCAGGAGCGCCGCUAGGCGCCCGAGCGUACAUUAGAUAAGACUGACAAUGAGGAGGUGUGAGGUGGUUAUCGCCGAUAUCCACCGGACUAAUUUUAAAUUGUUAAUGCUCAAAAAUAAGUGGACCCAUA